CAAUCCCGGGUGGGGCAAAAUGGCGCGGGAGGAGGAGAUGCAGGAGUUCACCCGCAGCUUCUUCCGAAGCCGCCCGGACCUGAGCACGCUCACGCACUCCAUCGUGCGGCGGAGGUUCUUGGCUUACGCGGGUCGGGACCACCUGGAACCCGAGGAGAAGCAGGCGCUGAAGCGGUUGGUGGAGGAGGAGCUGGUGAAGAUGCAGGUGGACGAAGGCGGUACCAGGGAAGACAAGCUCGACCUUACCGGGAAGGCGAAGAGGCCUCCCACCCCCUGCAGCGACUCGGAGAGAAAACGGCCCCGCUUCAACUCAGGGUCAGAGCCCAGUUCUGCAGCCUCCAGCCCAGACUGCUUUGGCCGGCCAGCAGAGAAUGGCAUGUCGGGAGCGGAAGGUGGCCCAGGCAAGGAGGAGGCGGAGAGUCCAGGGCCGACCUCCAAAACAGCAGAGAGCAGUGAUGACCAAGAGCAGCAGGAAGACCUGGGCGCAGAGGCCGGCUUGGAGGCCAGCAGUGAGGAGGACGAGGGCCGUGUGGAGACCCGCGAGACCUGCGAGGAGCAAGAGGAACCCAAAGGCAGGACUAGGAAGAAAGCUGUGGCCAAAAGCAAGCAGGCAGCGGGCAAGGCCUCAGCGAGGAGGAAGCAGGCCAGGGAAGAAAGUGAGGACGAACUUGCUCCCCAGGCGGCGAAGAAGGGAGCACAGAGCCCCCGGGACAGCGGCAGGGAGAGCCAGGAGGAGGGGGAGGAUUGGAGACAGCAAGCCAAGAGCAGCAGAGGGAAAAGGCCGGCCCGGGAGGGGGACUCGGGGGACAGUGGGGAAGGGCAGAUCCACGAGGCAGCCGGCGGCGGGGGCGGCAGUGGCAGUGGCAGUGAUGGGAGUGACGAUGAGCCGCUGGCGCGCAGAAGCAAGGCCGGGACCCAGGGCCAGGAUGGGGACGAGGCCCGCACGGCGGAGCCCCCGGCUGCAGGCGCCGCCGGCGGGGAGGACAGCGACCUGGAGAGGGAGGGGAGCGACAGUGAGGCAGGGGGCAGCCUCAAGGAGAGGAAGAACCGCUCUUCCAAGAAGAGCGCCAAGAGAGGCAGGACGCGAAGCUCGUCUUCCUCCUCGGACGGAAGUCCGGAGCCCAAAGGCGGGAAGGCCGGCGCGGCUCGUCGUGGUGAGGACCACCCGGCCGUGACGAGGCUGAAGCGCUACAUCCGGGCCUGCGGUGCCCAUCGCAACUACAAGAAGCUGCUGGGCUCCUGUCGCUCCCACAAGGAGCGCCUGAGCGUCCUCCGGGCGGAGCUGGAAGCCCUGGGCAUGAAGGGUAACCCCUCCUUAGAGAAGUGCAGGGCCCUGAAGGAGCAGCGGGAGGCGGCGGCCGAGGUGGCCUCCCUGGACGUUGCCAACAUCAUCAGUGGUUCAGGCCGGCCACGCAGACGCACAGCUUGGAACCCCACAGCAGCUGCCCCCGGGGAGCUGUACCGCAGGACCCUGGACUCGGAGGAGGAAGGGCCCCGCCUGGCCCCCACGGACUGGUCCCACAUGCGCGGCAUCAUCAGCAGUGACGGCGACAGUACCUGAGCGCCUCGCCCCGGGAGGCCCCUUCCCACCUGUCUGUAUAGACGUCCACACAGCGCCGCGAGCUCUGUGCACGGGCCAAGGCAGCUUUCUCUGGACAGCUCUGCAGCCCCAGGGACACGGCUGUCAGGACAGAACUUCCUGGCUUCACAUCCUCUUUCAAGUGUUCAAAGGGUUUAUUUUUUAGGUCUUAAUAAAGGAAUGUUUGUAAUGACCUCAUCAAAACUGGUUCCCCACCCUCAGCUCUGAACUUCAGGCACCACCUGCCCUCGGAAGUCUGCCACCAGGCUGCUUCCUGGAGCCUGGCCAGGGGGCCUGACUGGUCACCCUGCUUUUAGUGGGCUCCGCUAACAUAACGCUCGGUUGGCAGGAGGCUCCAAGUCACUGGCAUGAAGAAUGGUGCACAAGGGGCCAGUGUUGUGCUAGAAUAGGUUAAACCGCCAACUGCAAUGAUAGUAUCCCAUACAGUAACAGGUUCGAGUCCCGAGUCCCGGCUGCUCCACUUCUGAUCCAGCUUCCUGCUCAUGUAUCUGAGAAAACGGCGGAGGAUGGCCCAAGUGCUUGGGCCCCUGCACCCACAUGGGAGACCUGGAUCAGGCUCCUUGCUUUAGCUUGGCCCAGCUCUGGACACUGGCCAUUUCGGGAGUGAACUAGCAAAUGGAAGAUCUCUGUGUUAACUGCCUUAAAAAAAAAACAAGAA